AUGGCCGAACGACCGUUCAUCACCUGCCACGUCCUCGAUACCAUUACGGGCAGGCCAGGCGCGGGCAUCGAUGUCAAGCUGAAACUCGUCGCUCCGGAGCAUAUCACGACGGCUCACUGGACGGCGACGACCAACAGUGAUGGCCGUGUGCCCGCGUGGACUUCAUCGGCCGAUAUCAAUGAGGUGGUGAAGACGGCCAAGGCAGACUUGAAAGACGGCGACCAGCUGAUUUGGAGCUUGGUCUUCAACACGGAGGCAUACUACGGCAAGGGCAAGACCUUUUGGCCCCAAGUCGAGCUGAGAUUUGCUGCUGAAAAGUCCGAAGAGCACUAUCACGUACCGCUCUUGUUGGGGCCGUGGAGCUACACGACGUACCGGGGAUCAUAA